GCAAAGAGGCAAGCGAGUUUCAACAGAUGGUUCGGUCACAGCCGUUGUUUGAAUGAGGGCUCAGAGAGAGAGAGAGAGAGAGUGUGGGGAAUUGAAACCAUAGAGGGACUUUUCCCUUUCUCUACUCAACUCUAUUGUAUUUUUAUAGAUUUUUCUUUCUGUUACCAAAAAUAAAAACACAGCUGUGUAGUCAGUCUGUCAGCAAGCAAGCCAGCAGUCAAGCCUGGCAGUGGUGGUGGUGGUGUGAACCCACAACUCCAGUCUGUCUUUACAGGAGGAAACCUGCUUUCUGUCAGAGUCCAGAGGAUCAGUGCUCAAGAGCUGACCUCUACAGUAAGGCACCUCUCCAGCGGCUGUAAGACCAAGUCAUUCAUUAUACGUGUAGAGCGACUGUUUGAUAGUUUGCAGAGCUGGGCACCAGGAGGAGGAUAACAUCAGAAAGCGGAGACAGGGAAUCUCUUGAGUUGCUCCUGAGGAAGUGAGCUGAGCUGUUUGCAAGAUGGCAGCAUUGAGGCUGUCUUCAGUGCUGCUCCUUGUGCUGGGGGUCCUGUCUCUCACUGACGGCUCGGUGCUCCUGUCAAACCAACGUCAGAAAAGCCGGGCCCAGCGCGACCGCAGAAACAUCCGUCCCAACAUCAUCCUCGUCAUCACCGAUGACCAGGACACUGAGCUGGGCUCCCUGCAAGCCAUGAACAAGACGCGACGCAUCAUGGAGAGGGGUGGCACCUUCUUCUCCAAUGCCUUCGUCACCACGCCCAUGUGCUGCCCCUCCCGCUCCUCCAUGCUGACUGGGAAGUAUGUGCACAACCACAACACCUACACCAAUAACGAGAACUGCUCCUCGCCCUCCUGGCAGGCCCAGCACGAGCCGCGCACGUUCGCAGUGCACCUCAACAGCACUGGCUACCGCACAGCCUUCUUCGGGAAGUACCUGAACGAAUACAACGGCUCCUAUGUCCCUCCCGGUUGGAAGGAGUGGGUGGGCUUAGUGAAAAACUCCCGAUUUUACAACUACACCGUCUGCAGAAACGGCGUGAAAGAGAAGCAUGGAAAUGAAUAUCCUAAGGACUAUCUGACUGACCUCAUCACCAAUGACAGUAUCAACUACUUCCGUAUGUCGAAGAAGAUGUAUCCCCACCGGCCCAUCAUGAUGUUGAUUAGCCACGCUGCCCCCCAUGGGCCGGAGGACUCUGCCCCACAGUAUGCCAACGCCUUCCCCAACGCCUCCCAGCACAUCACGCCGAGCUACAAUUACGCCCCCAACCCCGACAAGCACUGGAUAAUGAGGUACACGGGGCCCAUGAAGCCCAUCCACAUGGAGUUCACCAACAUGCUGCAGAGGAAGCGCCUGCAGACACUGCUGUCCGUCGAUGACUCCAUGGAAAAGAUCUAUAACAUGCUGGUUGACACGGGUGAACUGGACAAUACCUACGUCAUUUACACAGCGGAUCACGGGUACCACAUUGGGCAGUUUGGGCUGGUCAAGGGGAAAUCGAUGCCUUACGAGUUCGACAUCAGAGUGCCCUUUUAUAUACGAGGACCCAAUGUGGAGGCUGGCAACAUAAAUCCUCACAUGGUACUGAACAUUGAUCUGGCUCCCACCAUCAUGGACAUUGCUGGACUGGACAUUCCAGCAGACAUGGAUGGCAAGUCGAUCCUGAAGUUGCUGGACACAGAGCGGCCAGUAAACAGGUUCCAGUUUAACAAGAAGGGAAAGGUCUGGAGAGACUCAUUCCUUGUGGAAAGAGGUAAGCUGCUGCACAAGAGGGAUGAUGGGACAGUGGCCGGCCAAGAGGAGAAUUUCCUCCCCAAGUACCAGCGUGUGAAGGACCUGUGCCAGCGUGCAGAGUACCAGACGCCCUGCGAGCAGCUGGGGCAGAAGUGGCAAUGCAUAGAGGAUGCUAUGGGCAAGCUGAGGCUUCACAAGUGCAAGCGGAUGGCCAGCCUGACGGUCGCCGGGAAGAUGGGCGUGGCCAACAUGAAAUCUCAGCUCCACAGGAGAAACUCUGGGGACUGCGAUUGUGACAUCACCACCUUCCAAAUGAGUCCAGUGAAGAGGAAGAAGCUCUUUAGCAAGAAGAAGAUGAAGACAAACAAGAACUAUGCUCGGAACCGCUCGUCGCGCGCCGUGUCGGUGGAGCUCAAUGGGGAGCUGUACAGUGUGGACCUGGAGGAUGGCUACGAGCCCGUCAUGCCGAGGAAUAACAGCAAGCGGCUGUCCGAGGGGGGAAGGGAGGAGGAAGAGGAUGAGGGGUUCAGCGGCACAGGGAGUCUCAACAGCUCCAGCAGCCCCAACGAACUCAUGAUCCCCUCCUCCAUCAAGGUCACUCACAGGUGCUACAUUCUAGCCAAUGACACGGUGAAAUGUGAUACUGACCUGUACAAGUCGCUUACAGCAUGGAAGGAUCACAAACUUCAUAUUGAUCAUGAGAUUGAAACUCUACAAACCAAGAUAAAGAACCUGCGAGAGGUGAGAGGUCACCUGAAAAGAGCCAGACCAGAGGAAUGUGACUGCAGUAAGUUCAGUUACCAGUCUAAGCACAAGAGGAAACUGAAGCUUAAAAGAACCAACCUCCACCCUUUUAGGAAAGGGCAAGAGAAGGACAAGAAGCAGUGGCUGCAGAAAGAGCAGCGCAGGAAGAAGAAACUGCGCAAGCUGCUCAAGAGACUGAGGAACAAUGACACCUGCAGCAUGCCGGGCCUCACCUGCUUCACACACGACAACCAGCACUGGCAGACUGCCCCCUUCUGGACAAUGGGUCCAUUCUGUGCGUGCACAAGUGCCAACAACAACACUUACUGGUGCAUGAGGACCAUCAACGAGACGCACAACUUCCUGUUCUGCGAGUUUGCCACAGGAUUCCUGGAGUACUUCAAUCUCAACACUGACCCCUACCAGCUCAUUAACGCAGUGAACACCCUGGACCGGGAUGUGCUGAACCUGCUUCAUGUUCAGCUGAUGGAGCUGCGGAGCUGCAAGGGACACAAGCAGUGUAACCCCCGCACUCGGAACCUGGAGAUUGGAGAUAAAGAUGGGGGCAGUUUUGAUGAAUACAGGCAGUAUCAGCGUCGAAAGUGGCAAAAAAUGAAGAAACCCACCUCGAAAUCCCUAGGGCAGAUUUGGGAAGGAUGGGAAGGCUAAAGUCUUCGAGCACCUGGACUUCGCCGGGGAGGCUAAUUGGUUAGAACUUGAAACCUUGUACAGACUUGACGAGCAUGCCUAUGAUUUCAAAUUGAAUUUUAAUGUUAGCCUGGAGGACUGGAUGGAUUUCGGGGCUGUUGUAGAUAGAAUGUUUGCAUUGCUGGGCAAUUUCAAUGGACAUAAUAGCAACCAGCACCUUGGUGUCUCCCUCAAGAGUGGAGGAAGGGACCAGGCACCGACGUCUACCAGUCCAUCUGCUUCUGCGCUUUACCUUACCACCCUCGCCAUGCCUGCCCUCCUCCUCCAGGAAGCCACUGCUGAAGCUCUGAGAGAAGCCUUGGGGCUCCAGUGGGAUGAGAACAGCUCUGACUGGUCUGAGGCCCAAGCCUUUCUGGAUGAGCGAGAGGACAGCCUGGAAGGGAAUGAGGAACCCCAAAGCCAAACUCUCAGUUCAGAUGACUUGGACUCCAUUCCCUGCGACUGCAGCGACUUCAGUUGAGAUGAUUCGCAAGACUUCCUUAGCUGCAGCGUUGCUCAGUUGGGGGAGGCUGUUCUUGAGGAAUAAAGACCAAAACAUGCUUUUCUCUAAUUUUUUGGUUACUUUUACAGGACACACGGCACAAUAUAUUUUUCCAAUGCCUUUAAGGUCAAUAACUCCCCCAAAAUAAAUCUGUUUGGAUGAAUCUUGCUAUAAUCAUCCUGUUCUGCUUUUGAAAGUCCUAGCAGGUUAUUAAGGUUACAACUAAUGAACUUUCCCAGGGCACGGUGCGUGGUGUUUAUAAUGGAUUCCAAUCCUCAAUUUGUAAUACUUGCCCAGUGAUGAGUGAAGGUUUUGUAAUGGGUCUAUACUUUGAUCCAGCUGCCUCUCAUUUUUUGCUUUUGAUUGUGGCUAAUCUCAGUUGUAGUGUUAUUGGCACUUGGUGUUGUUGAGUUCUUUGCCGUGGCAGUGCCCAGGGGGCUAAUUUAAUUAAAGCAAAUAGUAUUAGUUACAUUGUGUAGCACUUCUAAUACAUAAAAAGCAUCUGAAUGCACUUUACAAA